AUGAAGAUAGAGUACGCUUACAACAUAGAAGAUAUAAUUAUACGACCGAAGGAUUAUAUUUAUAUCAAUUAUCGGAAAAUCAAUCAUCAGAAUGUACUGCCAUAUUUUAUCUUCCUGAAUACUGCUGUUGGUGUGAAAGUUCAAAAAAUUACAACAAGAAAACUGUGGAUGUUGGAAGAUAAAUUUAAGCGAAGACUUCACGACCUCAUUCAUUCUCAACUGAUUGGAAGUAAUGGUAAACACAUCCAAACGUUGAUUGGACUGGAGGAAGCAUGUGAUGGAUGUGAGAACUGUGCUAAUAUUGCUCAGAAGUGUCUAGAGUAUGGUCCAUUGAGAUUCAGUACACUACAAACUAUGACUUAUUCCAAGAACUACAAGAAACUACAUGUGACUGAUAAACUAUUCGAAGUCAUUGCAGAGUACUGUAUCUCUAAGUCAAAAAACAAAGAAGAAUGUUUCAAAGAACUGAAAAACACUAUUCUCGCGACCAUCUCCUGUGAUAAACUUGCUAUAUGGAUCUGUGAGACCAGAAGGGAAGAUGGGGAAGAUCCGAUGCGUGACCACAUGCAUAUGCCUCGAGAGGUUAUAGAUACCAUUCUAAGAAAAUGGAAUGUGAAAUCACUUAAACUCAGUAUGUUGCACAUCACGAAUGAAUACGUGUGUAGUGUUGAAUGGCUACAGUAUGACUAUUUCACUCGAGUCAGACUGAAUGAUCCAUAUUCCGAAACUAAGCAGUCAGAGUUGAAAUUCAAUCAUGUCGAAGUGAGUUUGUCCUAUUCAUGUUAUUGUGUGAGAGAUCUAGGAAAUCGCGAAAUAAGCGUGAGCGAAUACAGAGGAUUCGACAAUUUUAUUCCGAAUAUCAGAAGAAUAUUCCCAACGGAUAGAAUAACGAUGGAUCUGUCACAUUGGUUUGCUGUACCCGAAAUCGAUAUUGAAAAGAAAAUGUCAACUAUAUUGCAAGUGGUCACUAUGGAAAAGCCGCAGAAUUUGAGUUUAGACAUCAAGUUUUUUGUGGAAUCAAGAAUUGUCAAAAAGCUCAAUGAGGAGACGGAAAAGGAAGAAUUGUUAGGUGUCGCUCCGGGAUAUGUUCUACAAAAGAAGCGAUUACACUGCUUCAAAAAAUCUUCACCGUUCAUUGGUGAACAGGGUCCGAAAGUAUUCCUCGACAAUAAAUGGAUUGGAAGAAGGUUUCAAGUUGAGGAUACUGUCCAUCAAUUCACUUUCAAUCUGGACGUGUAUAUCAAGGAGAAGGAGUUGGAAAAGGAAUUCGAUAAGGUAAUAUUCCAGGAAUAUCCGAAUUCAUUUGUCAGACAUUUUUUUUGCAUGUAA